GAAAUGCAGAGGCAGCAGCCGCGGUAGCGGCGGCAGUGCUCCAGCAGGCACUAGGCACUCCAGUCCCAGCGAGCGAGCGGGCGAGAGCCACAGCGCUCCGAGCGAGGCGAGGGGGCUCUGGGCUACCUGGGACUCUCGUUGUGACACUCCAGCACACAAACACACCGACAGGGACAGAGGAAAGACACAUAAAGAGCUCCAACAUGGGAGGCAAACUGAGCAAGAAGAAGAAGGGAUACAGUGUCAAUGAUGAAAAAGCUAAAGACAAAGACAAGAAGGCUGAAGGAGCAGCAACUGAGGAAGAGGAGACUCCAAAGGAGGCUGAGGAUGCCCAGAAAACCACAGAGACCACAGAAGUGAAGGAGAACAACAAGGAGGAGAAGGGAGAAAAGGAUACUCAGGCCACUGCCAAUAAGACGGAAGAAAAAGAAGGGGAGAAGGAGAAAACAGUGACCCAGGAAGAAACCCAGAAAACAGAACCUGAGAAGUCAGAGGCUGUUGUCGAUGCAAAAGUAGAGCCACAGAAGAACACCGAACAGGCACCCAAGCAAGAGGAGCCGACUGCUGCCUCUGCUCCUGCUGCCAGUAGCGAAGCACCCAAACCCUCUGAGCCUAGCAGCGAUGCAAAAGCUUCCCAGCCUUCAGAAGCCACAGCUCCCAGUAAAGCAGAUGACAAGAGCAAAGAGGAAGGGGAAGCCAAAAAGACUGAGGCUCCCGCAACGCCUGCAGCCCAAGAAACUAAAAGUGAAGUGGCCCCAGCUUCAGACUCAAAACCUAGCAGCAACGAGGCUGCACCCUCUUCCAAGGAGCCCGUGGCAACAGCAGCACCUAGUUCGACUGCUAAGGCCUCGGACCCUGCAGCCCCUCCAGAGGAAGCGAAACCUUCUGAAGUUCCAGCGACUAAUUCGGAUCAAACCAUAGCAGUGCAAGAUUAAAUUGGACAGCCUGUUGAAACAACCACUUAAAACAACCUGUGUCUUUUUUUUAUUUUUUCAGCUAUACUAACUCGUUUCAGAUCUGAAAUAGCAAAUACGUAUUGCCCAGAAAAGAAGGAGAAAAAAAAAAGAGAGAGAAAAAGUGAAAAGGAUGUCCCAUCAAGUUGGGAGGGAGGGAGGGGGGAAAAUCCAAAUAGUAUUUUUGUGGGGAAAUAUCUAAUAUACUUUCUGCCAACUUGACACAAGUCCUGGAUUAAAAUAAAUAAAUAAAUAAAUGGAUGUCUGAAAGUACAGCACAUCUUUUGUAUCUGAACUGCCGUAAAUGCACUCCACCAGUGUAUCAAAAUCUUCUUUUUGUUCUGUAAUGGGGUUUGGGAGUGAUGCGUUUGAUUCUGCCCACUAGGUUUGUGCCAAGGCAAUCAGAUCUUUAUGAAAGCAGUAUUUUCUGUGUUUUUUUUUUUUUUUAUUUACAGCCUUUCUUAUUUUGAUAUUUUUUUUAUGCAGUGGAUGAAUGCCAACUUUCAGACAAAACCCACUUAGCUGUCCACAUAUUUCUCAAUGCCAAUCCUCCAAUUCUUCCUCUCCAAAUAUUUUUUGGGAGUAAAAAGCAUUCUCAUCCUACUUAGCCUACCUAGAUUUCUCAUGACGAGUUAAUGCAUGUCCGUGGUUGGGUGCACCUGUAGUUCUGUUUAUUGGUCAGUGGAAAUGAAAAAGUCUGCGUUCAUUGCAGUUCCAGUUUCUCUUCCAUUCUGUGUCACAGACACCAACACACACUCAUUGGAAAACAAAUGAAAAAACAAAAUGUACAAUGGAUGCAUUGAAAUUAUAUGUAAUUGUAUAAAUGGUGCAACAGUAAUAAAAGUUAAAUAAUUUAAAAAAUA